AGAGGAAGAAGGGAACGUCAGCAGUGGUGGUGGAGCCCGGCCGUUGCCCACCGCUCCUCAUCUGGAAACAGAGGUGGAGAAGUCCCUCCUUCAGGAAGCCGUCACCAAGGCGCCAGCAUUCAGACUCCAACUGUAUAUUAGCUGUCUUCGUUCACACACCGGCAGGCUGGAGGGACACCAUCUGCCCCUGGGUCCCGGGCCUUGAAAUGUACGUUGGAACUUUGCUGCCAGCUCCGAAGGUCUUCGGUGGACAACUGCAGAUCGUCUUGGAAUUCUCCUCUGUCUCCACAAUUAUUGCUCCCUGACAGUUUGAAGGAAAACGUCGUUUUCAUCAUGAGCAUCCACAGAGAGGGGCGAGCAAAGCCCCGGGGCCUGGAUCUUCCCCUCCUCCCCACUCUGCUGACGCUGAGCAUGGCCACGCUGCUUCUUCCUGUCCUGGGGACGUCGAAGCAAGACAUCCCCCGACUCAGGCUGACCUACAAAGAUUUGCUGCUUUCAAACAGCUGCAUCCCCUUCCUGGGUUCCUCUGAGGGACUGGAUUUCCAGACCCUUCUGUUGGAUGAGGAGAGGGGCAAGCUGCUCCUGGGAGCCAAAGACCACGUCUUCCUGCUCAGUCUGGUUGACCUCAACAAAAACUUUAAGAAGAUCCACUGGCCUGCUGCAAAAGAACGAGUGGAAUUAUGUAAAUUAGCUGGGAAAGAUGCCAAUACAGAAUGUGCAAAUUUCAUCAGAGUGCUUCAGCCCUACAACAAAACCCAUGUCUACGUGUGUGGAACCGGAGCUUUUCACCCAAUGUGUGGAUACAUUGACCUUGGGCUCUACAAGGAGGAAGUCACGUUCAAACUGGACACACAUACCCUGGAGUCCGGCAGACUGAAAUGUCCUUUCGACCCCCAGCAGGCUUUUGCUUCUGUGAUGACAGAUGAGUACCUCUACUCGGGAACAGCGUCCGACUUCCUGGGCAAAGACACGGCCUUCACGCGCUCCCUGGGACCCACGCACGACCACCACUAUAUCAGAACCGACAUUUCCGAGCACUACUGGCUCAGCGGAGCAAAAUUUAUUGGAACUUUCCCCAUACCAGACACCUACAACCCAGAUGAUGAUAAAAUAUAUUUCUUCUUUCGUGAAUCAUCUCAGGAAGGCAGCACUUCUGACAAGGCCAUCCUUUCGAGAGUUGGAAGAGUUUGUAAAAACGACGGCGGGGGGCAGCGCAGCCUCAUCAACAAGUGGACCACCUUCCUGAAGGCCAGGCUGACCUGCUCGAUUCCGGGGCGCGACGGGGCGGACACCCACUUCGAUGAGCUGCAAGACAUUUAUUUACUCCCUACAAGAGAUGAAAGAAACCCGGUAGUGUACGGAGUCUUCACUACAUCCAGCUCCAUCUUCAAGGGCUCCGCCGUGUGCGUGUACAGCAUGGCCGACAUCAGAGCCGUCUUCAACGGGCCCUACGCCCACAAGGAGAGCGCGGACCACCGCUGGGUGCAGUACGAAGGGAGGAUCCCCUACCCCCGGCCGGGCACGUGCCCCAGCAGGACCUACGACCCGCUGAUUAAGUCCACCAGAGACUUCCCGGAUGACGUCAUCAGCUUCAUCCGGAGACACCCCGUGAUGUACAAGGCCGUGUACCCGGCCUCGGGGGGCCCAACCUUCAAGCGGAUCAACGUGGACUACCGGCUCACCCAGAUAGUGGUGGACCACGUGGUGGCUGAGGACGGCCAGUACGACGUCAUGUUCCUCGGGACAGAUGUCGGGACGGUGCUCAAGGUGGUCAGCAUCUCCAAGGAGAAGUGGGGCGUGGAGGAGGUUGUGCUGGAGGAGCUGCAGGUGUUCAAGCACUCAUCGACCAUCCUGACCAUGGAACUGUCUCUAAAGCAGCAACAGUUGUACAUCGGUUCCCGAGAUGGGUUGGUUCAGCUCUCCCUGCACAGAUGCGACACUUACGGGAAAGCAUGUGCAGACUGCUGCCUGGCCAGAGACCCGUACUGUGCCUGGGAUGGAAAUGCAUGCUCUCGGUAUGCACCCACCUCCAAGAGGCGAGCUAGGCGCCAAGACGUGAAGUACGGCGACCCGGUCACCCAGUGCUGGGACGUCGAAGACACGUGCUCCGCGGCGGGCCUGGCCUGCGCGGCGCUCCAGGACUCCCCCGGCCGCCGGCCCCCAUCGGCUGACUCACAGAAGGGCGUUAACGCGGCUCCCGGGUCGCUCGUGAUUUGUAAGGAGCAGCGGGCUCGCAGGCCGGUCCGGGCUGCGCGGUGGGUUUCCGGAAUACGUGCGGAGCUCUCCCGGGACAGAGUGCUUGAUGCGUAUUUUAAUAAGAUAGGGGAAAACAUUUUAACAAAAUAAGGGAAGUAUCUUCAUGCACACGGCUCCCUGACGGGGUGACAUGCAGACGGGGUUUGUUACGAGGCAGAAGCCACGGCAGCAGUGAAUUCUGGCUCCGGGGGAAACCCAGAUCCCCAGGAAAAGGAAGAGCAACCGCAGGGAAAGUAGACAGGGUGAAACGGCUGCUUCUGCAGGAGGACAGGUAGCUGCCAGCUCGCACUUCGUCUGUGAAAAGAAUCUACAUGAAGACACACUGCUAGCAAAAGUCUGAAGAAAAGUAAAGAGUUAAGGACCAUGGGAAGGGUGAGCUUAUUUUAUUUAUAACCAAGUCUGUUAGUAUGGGCUUCCUGCCCCCUAAGUGUUUGUCGUUCUGUGUGUGAUUUCCGUCUGCUUCCUUUGCUACCCCAAGCGUGUGGGGCUACUGGGUUGUGUCUGAGUGGAUGAGAAGCCACAUGUGACGCGUGGAGACCUUGGAGGGCAGCUGGGCUGGGGUAGGCACUGCUGCACAGUCCACGCUUUAAGGAGAGGAAGGCUGAGCUCACUCGCCGUUUUCCGCAGUUUAACAGCAAGUCGAGCCGCCGCAGGUAAAGCCCGCACACUCACGGCACCAGCACGGUGCCCUUCCCACUGGUGAGCAGCUCGAGGGUUCGGAGUCCUGCUUCCCCGGAACACUUGCAGAGCAUUCCGUCUGACUGAGAAGGGCUCAUCUUGCCUUCGACCCUCACAGCCCCUCGCUUUCUUCUGUUCCGCCCGUCCACGCCCUGGAGGGUGUGAAGUGGAAAUCGGUCACUCCCUCUUAGGAAAGGCAGAAGGCUGUUCAGAAAGCACCACAGCACUCGGCUGCGUUCUCAUGCAUUCUCCUUGCAGGAACAUCUGUGCAAACCCAGGGUGGACUCACUAUCGUCGGUGACAGUCCGUGUCCACAGUGUGGUCUGUGCUCGGCCUUUGUUUUCUUUGAGCUUUGCCCUUUUCAGAGCAGUCAGCCUGGCAUGUGAGGUCCAGCACCUGCAUUCUGAUAUUACGCGCAUGUGUGUUAGUAGAUAUUUCCCUGUAAGGAGACGUUAACUAACAAAUUUAAUACCGGUGAACUACAACGAACUUGUAAAGAGUAAUGCAUAAGAAGAGCCGUAGCCAGGUCAGACAGCUGACUGCGUGUUACCCACAGAUGCGUAUUGCAAGUACGGAUGCGGUGACAUACCCUCUCCCUGGAGCUCAGAGCUGACUGGGGGGCUGGGCUCUAUGUGUAAGAUUUCCACAGGCAGAGAAAAGUUACAACAGAAGGUUCAAAUAUUGGGAAAUUGGGUUCAAAUACUGUGAAAAUACAUUUAAUUCAAAUACAAAUGUCCACACCAUUUUUAAAUUACUUCUACCUAAACUUAGAUAUCAGACAACAUUUUGGGAACCUAUACUAUGUCAUGUAUAAAAAUCUGACUGCUUUGGCUGUAACGAUAUUAAUUUAUGUUAAUUACUUAAAAUAAAUUGGAAAUAUUAGUAUAGUACAAUCUCAUAUAAGAAAAUGGGGCAAAUAUUUAUAUAUAUAUAUUUUAAAGAUAGAGAAUAUCUGAACUGCAUUUAAUUUUUUAAUCUUUUCGUUGUUCAGAACACCUAGAGCAACUGUGAUUAUGUUCAAUCUACAGAAAUAAUGGUUUUUUACCACUGAUUUUGCCAAGUCUGUUUGGAAAUAAUGAGAAAGAAACUAUAGUCAGUACGGUGGUUUCCAGCAGUCUAACAGAUCAGCCCUCUGUGAAGAGGGGUUCGAAUGCCCGGGCCUUGGAGUUCCGUCUUCAGUUCAUGCCUUUGUCUUCCUGGUGUGUUUUCCCACAGGCAUUCCAGUGACUUCUGCUGCGAAACGGAAUCCUGGCUGUCUGCACUCAUUUCCAUCCAAUUUAUUGGGAAUUUUAAGAGUUUCUUUAGAAAUGGAUAGCUUAAAUAAUUAAUUUAUGUAAAAGUUUUUCUUUCCUAAGAAGCUCAAAAUAUUGCAUUUACAUGGUUGAACAAAAUUUUUGAAAAAUCAAUCAAAUACUUAAGAGAUGUAGAACAGCUGUAGAAUUAUUUAGUAAUCUCCAAAAGCCAUAACAGUAGGAGACGUGUAACUAGGUCUCAUCAUUUUGUUGAUUAAAUAAUGCUCAUUUAUAACAUGCUGGCAAAAUGGUUUUACUUUGAACUUUUCUUUGAUCUGUAGUUGGUUCUCAUGGGGUGUUAUGUUUUAUUCUUGUUGAUUGUGUGGACUGAGCUAAAAGAUAAGUUAACAAACUCUAUGCCUAUUUUUAAAUAUUUCUAAAUUGAACUUCCAAGGGCAACUUGGUAUCUUUUAUAUUUCUACAAAAUAAUAAAUUCAUUAAACCCUGAUUUUUGUCAAAGUUAAAUAUACUUCACAUACAUCAUUAAGACAAAUGUAAAUCAAAACUGACGUCCUCUCUUUUCAGAAUGUCACGUAUGCUUUGAUUAGUCUUAAAGAGAGUUUAGGAAAAAGAUAUUUGAAAAGUUUUUAUGGAAAGGUCUAUUUUUCUCAGUGUGGUAGCAAUAUUUGAACCGUUGAGCUAACAUGUGAGGUUAAAGAACUAAAUUCCAAAAGUCCCAGUUUCUACAUGGAAAGUGCAGACAGGAGCGUGCACAUGAUGUUUACCUCUUAUGCAAAUAUUUUGUACUAUAAAGUAUUUAUGGAAGGUUUGAGGUAGAUGAAUUUUUUUGGGGGGAAAGGGCAAAACUCUGUCAGAAGCAAUAAAUAAUCAUGUAAUUUAAUCCUAAUAUUGUGAGUGGUUUGCAAUCAUUUUGGAAUUCAUAGUUUUGCUAUUUUAAAAGAAAUGUAGUCUUGUAGUAUAAAAUAGUUAAAAUUAUUAAUGUAUAUUUUGAUUUUAUUAUAAUAAACCACAAACCUUAAUAUUCUA